AAGUAUAGGACGCCACGAGCAAAUAUUCUAAUCUGAAUUCAAUGGCUGAACCCGACCCUCCAAAGUCCGCCGCCUUCGCUGCCGACAUCUGCGGCCAACUCGCCGCCAUCUUCACCGCCCCGACCUCCACCCCACCGCCCCUCACCACACUCGUCGCAGAAAUCUCCGGCGCCGGCUCCCGCGGCGGCAAAAUCUUCGUGUACGGCGUGGGCCGGGAGGGCCUGAUGCUGAAGGCACUGUGCAUGCGGCUCUUCCACCUCGGCUUCGCCGCCCACGCUGUUUUCGACAUGACCACUCCUCCCAUCGGCCCGCCGGACCUCCUUAUCGCCUCCGCCGGCCCCGGGGGGUUCUCCACCGUCGACGCUAUCUGCGGCGUCGCCAGGAGCAGCGGCGCUCGGGUGGUGGUGCUGACGGCGCAGCCGGAGACUGGGUCCUCGGCUCGGCUCGCUUCAGCGGUGGCGCACAUCCCGGCGCAGACCAUGGCUAACGACCGGGCCGGGUCGGGUCGGAGCCUGCUGCCGAUGGGGAGCGUGUACGAAGGGGCGCUGUUCGUGUUGUUUGAGAUGGUGGUUUAUGAGUUGGGUGGGUUGUCGGGUCGGAGCCCCGAGGAAAUCCGGGCCCGCCAUACCAACUUGGAGUGAGUGCUAAUGAGUAAAUUUACGAAUAGAUAUAAAAGUAUAUCUGUGCAUCUAUUAUUGAUUUUCUUUUUGCUUUUUUAAUUAAGACUUUGGGUUUGUUCCCCGUUA